AUGAGAGUUCCUAUUGCCCCUAAUUUCCUUAACGCCGGUUUCACACCAGUUAUAAACAACAACACAAUUCAGCCAGCGCUGUCACUGCCACUGGAGAUGCACGCACUCUACUAUUAUGCAGACAGCGUUUCUAUGGAAAGACACAACUUAGGAGAUGCUUGCUACGAAUAUAGUUCACACGUGCUGCAUUACUGGGACUUGGCUAGGCCGGGCUCUUGUCUUCGUCUCGCGCUGACGGCUUAUUCGCACGCCGUAAUCGGGCGGAACCGGGGCGUGAGACAAGCUCUUGGCCUUGCCCAAAGAGUAUAUGCAAAGGCAGUGGAGGAGAUCCAGAAGGCGAUGAGCACAAUAUCGAGCGAUACGAUCUAUCAGGUGAUACUGGCCAUGAUGCUAAUGGGCAGUUAUGAGAAUGUCAUGUACUUUUCGAGAGAAUCUACCCUACCUCCUGAUGCUGUUGGCUCCCGUUUCUGGAAGAAAAUCUGUCAUGAGAAAGGCGCGGGCGGCCUUCUUAUUGUGCGUCGCGAGAGGGGCUUUGCAAUGAAUGCAGAGCUGGAGAAGGCGGUUCGACAAAAAUGUCUCCGUGUCAUCAUCCUUCGUGGAGCAGCUUCGGCAGCUUGGUUUGAAGAUGGCCGGAGCUGGGGCGAAGAAGGACAUGAGUUGGAACUGGACUCGCUCAUGAUUCGUGUCUUGAUUUUGAGGAACAAGUCGGUAUCUUUCCUGGGAGAUAUGGAUGCAUCAGAUCUAGGGACCAUUGAUGAAGCGAAGUCAAUUGCUAUGGAGUCAUAUACCCUCGAUUACGAUCUCGCUUUGUGGGCUCUCAGACUUUCACAAGACUGGGAGUUUCACGUUAGCUGGAGGCCUUCACAGCCAAGCUCGAAUGGGACUGACGCUCGUGUGGAUAUCCCCUCGCAUAGUUACCCUUCAGUCGGCCACGCGUCAACAUGGAAUCGAUACCGUGCUCUUCGGUUAAUCACAAAUAGUAUACAGAAACGAGCCCUCUGUGCGCUCCGAUCACUUUCUAAUGAUGCCUUCCUCGUUACGGAUAUACAGAGGUGCCAGGAUAACAUUGACAAGCUCGCUGUGGACCUUUGCCGUGGCGCAGAGUUUUCGAUCACUCGCCAAAACACUGCUAGAGGCUCUGAGGCUUCCACACUACUUAAUGUGAUUCAUCCAAGUGUGGCUGCAUUACUAGCAUGGCCAUUGACUGUGGCCGUGAGUGUUGAUGCCGUCCGGCUUUCAGAGAAGACUUGGCUGAAGGGUGUCUUGAAAGCCGUUGCUCGCUCUCUGGGACACACACAGCUUGAAUCCGUCAGUGAUGAAGGGGAAUACGAUAUUUGA